AGCAAGCUGGAAUGCGGGUUCCGCUGACUCAGGCCCCCUCUCGGGCAGCCACACUGCCCAGCCCGGGGCUGGGGAACUUGGGGAGACGGGACUCACAUCUGGGAGCGUUUUCACUGCUCACAGACCACAGGAGCCUCCCCAGGAAAGAACAGGACAGAAAACCCCGAAGCUCAGCCGGCCAGCUCCCAGGCUUCGGCUGCAGGUUCUUAGACAGAGGCCGCCCAGGCCCGGGCGUCCUGCGGGGGUCCAGCUGCUCUGGGCUUCCCUCUGGGCAGCAGGGAGGCCGGGGUGAGGUGCAGGCGGGUGGAGGGCCCGCUGGAGCAGCCGGCACAGGGAGAAAGGACCGACGUGGCAUCCCCAGGCCACGUGAGCACCUCUCUGGGCCUCAGUUGCUGCAUCAGUAAAACAGGCCCAGCUCCCGGCUCCCGGCUCCCGGCCCUGCUCACCGCCCUCCCCCACGAUGAAGCCUCCCCCUCUUCUGGCCUUCCUGGGCCUCCUGGUGGCCCUGGCCGGCGGGAACCUGGUCCAGUUCGGGGUGAUGAUUGAGAAGGUGACCGGGAAGUCCGCGCUGCAGUACAACGACUACGGCUGCUACUGCGGCAUCGGCGGCUCGCACUGGCCGGUGGACCCCACGGACUGGUGCUGCCACGCCCACGACUGCUGCUACGGGCGCCUGCAGAAGCGGGGCUGCGAGCCCAAGCUGGAGCGGUACCUCUUCUCCGCCAGCAGGAGCAACAUCCUCUGCUCCGGCAGAACCACCUGCCAGCAAGAGACCUGCGAGUGUGACAGGACGGCAGCACUCUGCUUCCGCCAGAACCUGGACACCUACGACCGCAAAUACGCCCACUACCCCAACAGGCUGUGCACAGGCCCCACCCCCCCCUGCUGAGGCCGCGCCCCUCCUCCCUGUGGCCUUCCGAGGCCCCGCCUCCCGCUGCUGCAGCCCAGGCCUGGGGAACAUUGGCACCAAAGGCCCUCCUUCUGGAACAUUCCUUUCCUGCAAACCCAUCCCGCCCUGAGGAUGCCCAGAGUGUGGCCUAGACCAUCGCUGGCCUCCCAGGCCAUGCACCCUUUAGGAAGAGACAGGCCCCAGAAGCUUCAGCGCCCAGAAGAUUCUAUAAUCCACCCCUGGACCCUCAGUUCCCUCUUCUAACUGAAUGCUUCCCAUCCUAUAUAAUAAAGAGGUAAUAUGCAAAUUAA